CACUCCAUGGCAAAAUGCACGUCUUUGUCAUCCAGUCGGACGUGACAAAGGUGGCGGCGUCUGCCUUCCUCCUGCCGACCGACUUUAAGCUCCGCAUUGAACCGUACUGGCCAGAGUGGACACACCCAGAGAGCGGAUUCACGGUGCCGGAUGCUUAUCGCUCGGGAGAUGUCCGAGUCCUACGCGGGCCUGCACCUCAGGGCCGCACGCCGGUCUACUACGUUGCGGUCGGCACCGAUCGGCUCUCGCAUAUGACCGACGAUGCCACUGGCCGCCUGGCGUAUGUUCUCGAGUCGCUGGGUCAGUUUGUGGCGCGCGCAGCUGCCGAUCUGCCGGCUACCCCGCCGCACCGCCGGGCCAAGCACUUACUGGCGCUUCCGGUGGUGGGGACCGGCAAAGGUGGGCUCUCGCAGUCGACUGGCGAGGUUAUCGGCGCCCUGCUGCCGGCGCUGCGAGCGCUCGCCGAGCUGCACGGCGUCGACAUUGUGCUCGUGGCGCACACCCGCCCAAUGUACGCCGCCAUCCAGGCAUACCGGCGGCGGCAUCCGCGACCCGAGUCGAUCUGGUCCGAACUUGCGCACAAGGCGCAGUUCCGGUCGGCGGCGUCGGCCCUGGUGGCAGAGAUCCGCGCCAAGCGACUUGUCCUCUUUCUCGGCGCGGGCGUCUCGGCAGGUGCCGGGCUCCCGCUGUGGGGCGACUUGCUCAGCGAACUUGCCCGAGUGGCCGGUGUCGAACCGGACGCACUUUGGUCGCUCUCUUCGUUCCUCGAUCAGGCUGCGGUGCUCGAGGACCGGCUCAACGAGACUGACCCGGACGCGCUUGGCUCGAUCAUUGCCGACCAGCUCGCGUCGCACGUCUUUUCGUUGCUACACGCGCUCCUUGCCUCGCUCGACACCCCAGCAGCAGUGACAACCAACUACGACACACUGUACGAGGAUGCACGCGCGGCAGCGUCGCGGCCGGUCGCCGUCCUGCCCAACGAGCUCGAUCCGGACAAGUCCGAAUGGCUGCUCAAGAUGCACGGAUGCGUGACCAAGCCUGAUUCUAUCGUUCUCUCUCGCGAGCACUACAACGCUUACGCCGAGUCGCGGUCGGUGCUUGCAGGCAUCCUCCAAACACAACUUAUGACCAAGCGCAUGCUAUUUGUCGGCUUUGGCCUCACCGACGACAACUUUCACAAAAUUGUCUCGGCUGUCCGCGCCUCGUGCGUCAAUCCCUCGGCGCGCACCCCCGGAGCUGCCUCGCAGGCUGCUUUUGGCAUCGCCUCGGUUCUCUUUGACAAGCCCAUGCUCACCGAGCUGUGGAGUGGUGAGCUCGACAUUCUGCCCAUGGUCACCCAGGACACCGACGCCACUCUGGCCGAUGCUGCCCGCAUGCUCGAGAUGUUCAUCGACUAUGUCGGCGCCGAAGCCGCAACAUCGGGAGGAUAUCUCUUGGCUGAUCCGUUUGAGUGCCUUCUCUCGCAGGAGGACGUCAAGCUUGCCAGGCAUGUCCGCACCCAUCUGACUCGCAUCUUUGCCCACGGGCCGAGCGACGAUCCCACGUAUGGCAAGCUUGUGGCGUUUGCAUCCCAGCUCGGCACAUCGGUCGAUGAGCUCGCAAGCGCCUCUGGCGACAAGCGCGAGAAAGCCGGGAGCUCGUCAGGCAGCAGCGGAGGGAGCAGGAGCAACGGCAACUGUGACCGCAGUAGCGUAAUUGCCACUGUGCCGCCGCCGGCACCACUGAUCCGUUCGCCGUGGACCGACAACAUGAGCAACGGCCAUGUCUUUGUCCUCCACAGCGAUAUCAUGGAGCUCGACUGUGAUUCGUGGCUGCUCCCGGCGUGGCUGUCCGAGAUGAACACGGUCAUGCGAUGGAACAAGUUCUGGUUUCCCACGGGCCCACGCGAUAUUCCGAUCUCUCACGCGCGCAAGAACAUGUCGACGCCGCUUGUAAGCCUGCCAGGCAUGGGCGAGGAGAGACCGGUCCCCUGGGCGACCGACAUCUCUGGCAAAAGCUUUGGCAUUUCAGGCAGCGCCGCGAGCAAGGCGCGCAUCCGGUAUCUCAAGAACUCAGUCAUCUCGUUCCUCGACGCUGCUGCCGAGUUUCACCUCGGAGCCGAUGCCGAGCGGCCGACGCCACUGCAGGGCCGCGAGCGCCACUUGGUUGCCUUUCCCGUGUCGGGCAACAUCCUGCAUGCGUUGGUGCCUGCGGCGUUUGGUGCGGCUGCUCGCCACGGCAUCGACGUUGCCAUCGUGUGUUUUGAAAGUCCAGAGAUGUUCGCUGCAGCAAUUGCAAUCCGGGCGGCGUUUGUGGCGGAUCCUAGAGCGCAGGCGCUGCUCGACCCGCCGCUGUCUGGCGACAUGAAAGCCCGGAUCGAGAAGCUAUCCGCGGAUAUUGCUGCCGACAGGACGGUGCUUGUUGUGGCCGAGGCCGACUCUGCGCCGCGGGCAGUGAUACUUGAUGAGGCGGUGGCGACGCUCGAGCUGCAGACCGACGAGGUGGCCGCCUUUGCCUCGCUCCCGCUCACCGACCAGGUGCGGGUCCUCUUGUCGCGGCUGGAGGCCAAGGGCGUGACCGCGCCGCGCAAGCACAUUGUGAAGAGGCUGGAGACCGAGCUCCACCGCGGCGGCAUCCCGCUUCUCACGGCGCUGGUGGCCAACCUCGGCGUUCGCCAAGUCAUCUCGACCGAGUGGCAUUGUAUGCUCGAGGCUGCGGCGCGCAGUGCACAGCGCGAGCUUCUGCAUCUGCCGGCGCGGACAACGUCGCGGCGUGGGCAGCGGACCAUCAUCAAGCUGUUUGGCGAUGUGCGGCAUUCUGACAACCUUCCGCUUGAGCAGCGUGGGCUCUCGCGCGGCGACUCGACGCGGAUGGCGAUGGCGUCGGCAACGCUCGCCACUUCGCGAGUUCUGGCUGUCUCUUCCGGCCGAGCAGCAGCAGUGCCCGGCGAGCUCAUGUCUGCCGUCAAGCGCUCAGUUCAGCUGCAGUCGUUUGGCACGCUCAUCACCUCGGAUCCGAACCCGUUUCUCUCGGAAGCCUGGCCCGAGCUGGACGUCAUUCCAGUCGCCAGCCCGCGAGCACUCGCGAUUGUGUUUGACGAGCUGCUCUCCUGCGUCGAGGCCCGCAAUACCCGCCACGUGCUCCAGCACAAGUUCCAGGAGGCGAGGACGGAGUACCAAAAGCUGAUUGCGAGCGACUUGGCCUCUUUGGCGAACACAACCGAAAAGAUGCGGGACUCGUCGGCGUAUUACCUAGUCCACGAGCUCCUCGUCGACCUCGGCUUUGCCUCUGCCCGAGCCGACAUCGACGCUCGCCGCCCGCGGCCGCGACUGUUCGGCUGCAAUGCGGCGGACACCACGUUGCACCCGUCGGCACGGGCAGCAUUCAGCUCAGCGUUGCAGGAGAUCGAAAGCGGUGCGAGCCCACUCAAGCCAUCCAAGUCUUCAUCGGCCAAGUCAUCGGCCAAGUCGGCACCAGCAUCGAUGACCGGCGGUCUUGCCCAGGACAACUGUAUUUGCUCAGUCCGGUCAGCGGGCGCACCUGCCUGA